AUGAAAAACGUCAGGCUAGUGGACAGACGAUAUUCAUGUUUCAACUUCUUGUGCUUUUUCAUAUUCGUUACGACUUUGGUGUUAGGAACGGAAUCCAGAUACAUUGGACCAGAUAUGGAGGAUCUUUUCUCCGCAAACUAUGAGUUUUCGUUGGACAGAAAGCCGGUAUUUCGCAACGUUCAGGAACUUCGACGCUAUCUCGAACAACUUGAUGAGUGGUUAGCAAUUACCGGUAGACCAAGAUUCGGAUGA